AUUCAAAAAAACGUGCUUGUGAGUAAAAAAUAGUUUUCUAAAAAGAAAACUGUAGGUUAUUACUCAUUCAUUUACGGUAUUUGAUUGUAAAUAACUCUUGAUUAUUAAAUUAAUCUGAUUUGCAACAUAAAAGUGGGUAGUUGAACUUUUGAGUGCUGAAGCAUCCGAAAACGUGAUACAAACUUACAGCAUUCUAUUAUCAACGCAGCUUACAGCGUCAUCCGCAACGUGUACUCUACGUGAAGCUAACAACGUCUUUUUGAACAACGUCUUUCAAAAAUGAUCGAUCAAUUUCUGCCGUUUCGAUCUUUCCUGAAGUUUGGAAAUGUUUGCAUCGAUAAUGGCGUGUUUCGUUUGCAUUAUAAACUAACGGUCAUAGCUUUACUGGUUUUCACCUUGCUGGUAACUUCAAAGCAGUUUUUCGGCGAACCCAUACACUGCAUGGGUGAUGAUGAGAAAGAAACAGAGGCGAUCAACAGCUAUUGCUGGAUCUACGGAACAUAUACCUUGAGAAGCCAGUUAAAUGGGAUAGAAGGCAAGCACAUGGCUUAUGCAGGUGUUGGUCCCAAUAUAGGUAAAAAUGAUGAACAGAUAAAGCACACAUACUACCAGUGGGUGUGUUUUAUGUUGCUCGGGCAGUCGGUGAUGUUUUACACUCCACGCUACUUAUGGAAGGUUUGGGAAGGCGGCAGACUGAAGGCGUUAGCAUCUAAUUUAGCUACCCCACUAAUACCGAAAGAUUGGUCAGAAUCCAAGCGCAGUGAGCUUGUGUCUUACCUCAGUCACACCAACAUUCAUACACACAAUGUAUAUGCAUUGAAGUAUGCCUUCUGUGAGUUUCUGAACCUUCUGAAUGUGCUUGCCCAAAUAUUUCUGCUGGAUGUAUUUUUGGAUGGGUCCUUCCGGAGCUAUGGUGCAGCCGUGGCAGCAUUUACACAUGUUCCUCGUGUUCCAGCAGACUUUCUGAACUACUCUUCAGUAAAUCCCAUGGACCAGUAUUUUCCGAAGCUGACCAAAUGUUGGUUCAGAAACUACGGACCAUCCGGUACAAUGCAGCUUAAAGAUAGGUUAUGUGUUCUACCUUUAAACAUUGUUAAUGAGAAGAUUUUUGUAGUUCUGUGGUUUUGGUUGAUAUUCCUAGGUUUGUUAUCAACUGCUGCAGUUCUGUUCCGUUUUCUCGUACUUGCUUCUACAUCAUUUCGCACUUUCUUGAUAAUGGGCCAAGUUAGAUUUGUGAAAAGGCGUCAAGUGUCAAAAAUAGUUAAAAAUGUAGGAUUUGGUGAUUGGUUUGUACUUUAUUUGCUGGGUAAGAAUAUUAAUCCUGUGGUGUUCAAAGAUUUGAUUAUAGAAUUAUCAAAAGAGGUUGAUAAAAAAAAAAAUAUAUUAACCUCUCUUGAUAAUAAUUCUAUAAUUUAAGUUUAAUUUGUUUUUUUUUUUUAUUAUUGUUAUUAGACUUACUAAUUGAUUAGCAAUAAAAUACAAGGAAUUGUUACAAUUUCAAGACUGAUAGUAAGGCUGUUAACUUAAUUUUAAGAAGAAAGUUUUAUUUAUAAUUUAA